CAUCAAGUUCCGGUGUAAUCCUUCGUGUGCAGAAGUUGCUGGUCACAGGAGCCACAAUGGCGUUUGUAGUCUCCUGCGGCUAGGGCUGUGGAUGUUAUUUAAUCCAUUAGCAUCGCCCUAAAUACAAGCCUGGUUGAUUUCCAGAGCCAUUGAUAGUAAACUGGAACAUCUACUGCACACGAAAAAACUAUGAUUUCGUAUCAAUAUUGAAUUUAAAGGGGGAUAAAGCUUACAUUAAAGGGAAUAUGUAAACAGCACCAACCGGGUCAAGUUUUCAUUUUGUUCGAGAGAUGAGCGUCUUUUAAAGUGAAGACAUUUGCUAAUUUGUGAACGCUAAAACCGUAAUUCUGUGGAAUAAAAUCAUAUUUUCCCUAAUUUGGCACCGGACAAGGACAACUUUGACAAAGGAGACUUUUUUUUCCUUUUUCCACGGCUCACCUCGCUAGCUGGCCCAGCGUUAGCUAGCUGUGCUAGCUAAGUUGAGACGGAAAGACGACAGCACAAUGCUCCAACGUUUGGAACACUUGAGAUUUUGUACUUGAAUCGGCGGUUAAUGAGUUGCUUCGACCGCCAAGGCCUAGCCGCGGGAGAGGUGGUACCGACGCCGGCUUGAGGGAUGCCUGGUUCGGACCGACACCAUGGGACCAAGAGGAAGCCGGAAUCAAUCAUCGGCGGCUUGGCUCACGCCGCCUUCCAAACAGCUGCGGGAGACAUGACCAGCAAAGACGGCAAGUUACACUGCAAAUCUUUGAUGGCCUCGUCAAAGCGUAGGCGACAUAAGUCGGCUAAAGUUCGGGAAUCGCCGGUGGUACCGCCGACGAUUCCCGAAUAUAUAUCCCUGAGCCGCACGGCGCCGCCUAGCGUCCUGAUGAAGCCCCUGGUGGAGUAUGACGAUAUUAGCUCGGACUCUGACACCUUCUUGGACCCACCGAGCACCAGAUUACCUGAGAGGGUUGUGGUAAUGGAGCGCCUCGAGCCAUCACCCGAAUUCAUCAGGGAAGAGCCCAUCCGCGAGAGUAAGAGCCACAGACACUCCCGGAAAAAGUCCAAGGACCCCAACAAAGUUCGAGACCCUGGUAAUGGGGCACGGGGCUACAAGAAGAAGAGCAGCAAGGACCGUGACAAAAGUGCUUCCGGCGUGGGAAAGGAGAAAUUGCUAUCAUCUGGACCAUCCAAGCGUCACAUCCAGCAGGAGCUUGACUUUAAAAGAGGAGAUCCCAUGUUCUCCCAGAUGCACACCAUGGUUAGCAUAGGUAGUACCUCAGCGUCUUCAUCGCGGAGCAAGGAAAGCGGCCGCUCUGGCAAAUCACGUAAGGACAAGCAGCAGAGGCGAGAGGCGCGGCUCGAAGGCGCUCACAGCGACUCUCAGAAGGUACGCGGAGAAAGGAGCCACCGCAAGUCCUCCAAGAGCAACAAGUCCAGCCCCAAAGGCAAGUCGAGUCGAGGUAGCCCUCGCAGGAAAGCUGCCACUGCUGCCUUGUCACCCAGUCCCAGGAGGGGAGAGAGCCCACUUGGUGCCCCAAUGUUGGACGACAGCUACUCGAGGCGCAAGGCCACCCAGCAGUGCCCGAGUCCCUACGGGCACUGCAGGCAGAGAUCGGACAGCCCCUAUGGCAGCAGGCACAGGUCGUCCAGCUUUGAGCGGGACAGCAGUCCCUACUCUAGAAGGCGCUCCAUCAGUCCCUACGCUGCACGACGUUCUUCCAGCACCAGCCCCAGCCCCGCGUCUCGACGCUCCGGCCGUUCCAGAAGUCGAUCCCCUGUGUUCUUCUCCUCUCAUCGCUCUUCGUCCCGUUCCCGCAGCAAGCGGCAUGGCCCCCCAGCAGGGGUCUUGGGUGCCGGCUCCUACAGCAACCGGCCUGCCAGCCGCUCACCUCCUGCCACUCGCCUGCCGCUCAACUCCAGCCUGGGCGCCGAGCUCAGCCGCAGGAAGAAGGAGCGCCAGGCUGCUGAGGCGGCGGCGGCUCGUGCCUGUGGUAGCGGCGCCGCAUCCCCAGCCACACAGAAACCCAUAGCCCCCUCAGCCUCUUCUUCCUCCUCCUCCUCACGACCUAAAGCGGAGGAGCCGCACCAGGAAAAAGACUCCGGAGAAAAGGAAUCUCAGUCACUGCCUUCCGUGCAGUCACCACAGGAAGCACCAAUGUUGGAAGAACCAGUGGCUGACCCUUUACCUUCGGCUUCUACCACCUUCUCUCCAGCUGCUCCCCCUGAACCAUCACCCACCGAGGCUCCCGGUUUAACCUCCUCAACUCCACCGCCUCCACCACCUCCCAAGCCCCAGCAGGCUGACGCUAAAGUUCUGCCUCCGGCGCCCUCCGCCCCGGCCAAAUCGCCAGCUCCCGUCCCCGCGCGGAGUCCCGCCCGACAGACACCGCUCCACAAGACUUCCACUUUGCCGCCCCUGCCUUUGCCCCCUUUGUUGCUGGGAAACUCUCAGCACAGCCCAAAGAAGUCCACCUAUCAGCGAGGAUCCAGAAAGGAGAAGGAAACUCGCAGCCGGCCGUCAAUCAUCGACCUCCCGCUGCCGCCCACCCUGCCUGGCGGUGACUCUUCACCCCUCCAUUUGGCCUCCCAUCAGGGAUUGUCGCUCACCCUGCCCGCCCUUAAAAAGAGACCAAAGAUUUGUUGCCCUCGCUACGGCGAGCGCAAACACACCAAGAGCGACUGGGGCAAGCGAUGUGUCGAUAAGUUUGACAUCAUCGGCAUCAUCGGAGAGGGCACCUACGGCCAGGUGUACAAGGCCAAGGACAAAGACACGGGCGAGCUAGUGGCCCUGAAGAAAGUCCGCCUGGAUAACGAGAAGGAGGGCUUUCCCAUCACGGCCAUCCGGGAGAUCAAGAUCUUGCGGCAGCUCAAACACUGCAGUGUCGUCAAUAUGAAGGAGAUAGUCACAGACAAGCAGGAUGCUCUUGACUUUAAAAAGGAUAAAGGAGCGUUUUACCUGGUCUUUGAGUACAUGGACCACGACCUCAUGGGUCUGCUCGAGUCGGGCAUGGUCCAGUUCUCCCAUGAGCACAUCCGGAGCUUCAUGCGCCAGCUGAUGGAGGGUCUGGACUACUGCCACAAGAACAAUUUCUUGCACCGCGACAUCAAGUGCUCCAACAUACUGCUCAACAACAGAGGGCAGAUUAAACUGGCUGACUUUGGUUUGGCUCGCCUUUAUAAUUCAGAAGAGAGUCGGCCUUACACUAACAAAGUCAUCACACUGUGGUAUCGCCCGCCUGAGCUGCUGCUGGGCGAGGAGAGGUAUUCUCCGGCCAUCGAUGUGUGGAGUUGUGGGUGCAUUCUAGGAGAGCUGUUCACCAAGAAGCCCAUCUUUCAAGCCAAUCAGGAGCUGCUGCAGCUGGAACUCAUCAGUCGGCUGUGUGGCUCCCCCUGUCCUGCAGCCUGGCCUGAUGUUAUCAAGCUGCCCCUCUUCAACACCAUGAAGCCCAAGAAGCAGUACAGACGGCGACUGCGAGAGGAAUUUGCUUUCUUGCCCACCUCUGCCCUUGACCUACUGGACCGAAUGCUGACCCUGGACCCUUCACGCCGGUGCACUUCAGAAGGGGCACUCAACAGCGACUUUCUGUGUGAUGUGGACCCCAACAACAUGCCGCCACCAGAUCUUCCUCAUCAUCAAGACUGCCACGAGCUAUGGAGCAAGAAGCGGCGGCGUGCGCGUCAGAGCGGGCUGCCCGAGGACGUCCCCAAAGCACCCCGGAAGGACAUUUCAAGCACCUCGAGCGGAGAUAACAGUCGUCCACAAACCAGUCCAGCUGGAGCGCCGGCCCGCCCGCCUCCGCCGCCGCCUCCUCCUCCUCCUCCUGCGCAGGGGAAGCCACCCUCGGCUGCGGCUCAGGACAACGAUUUGUCAGCAUUGGGAGCUGCCGCCGAGCAACUGAACCAGACAGAAAUGACCCUGCUGCUCAACCUCCUCCAAGGCCAGACGGACCUCUCCCUUCAGCAGGUCUCCCAACUCCUUAACCAGUCCAACGCAGAGACGCUCAGCCAGUCGUUGUCGGCGCUCAGCGAGGCCUCCGACCAUCACCAGGGUGGUGCGUCGGCCUCUGAGCCGCCCGAGUUGUCCCCGGCCUCCGGGGAUGCGGCGCAACUCCCAGAGGAGCAGGCUAACCUGCUGGCGUUCAUCCUGGGUCACAUCAUGAAGCCGCAAGGCGAGGAGCAGGCCGACGAGAGCAGCAAUGGCGUCCAGUCGGGGGAGGCUCUAACGCGCGCUGCGUCUACUUCCACGACUGAGCGCAAGGGCAAGUCUGGCUUUAGUCUGUAGGAGGUGACACGGGCAGAUGUCGUCACUGGGAACUUCAGUAGGACAAGGAAAAGUAUUGUUACUUUCAAUUUCUAUCAACAGAAUUAUCACACAGUAAUCCCCCGCUAUUUGUGGGGAUAGGGACUGAGCCCUGCUUUGAACGACAUUGCCACUUCACGGACGUAAUGGCCAAGAGAAAAGACCAUGUUUAACAACAAAAAUUACAUUCCCAGGCAGGAAACAACAUCCAAUCACCCGCCACUGGGCAUCUUACCACUACAGUGCGUAUGCAGUCAAACCUCGUAUCUUCAAACCUUUCACUUUUCAGGAACCUGUAAAUACGGCACCGUUGAUAUAUAUGAGAGAGGAAGGGGUGGUGAGAGAGAGAGGGAGAAAAUGUUUUAUUUUUUUUAUCAACACAAAGGUAAUCGAUAAUGAGUCAAACAACUCUCGGAAUUGCAUAGUAUUUACUGUUGUGAAGCUGAAAUUCAGAGCAUUUGGACAAAAUUUAAAUUAUAAAAAGGUAUAAAAGUAUCCAAAUGCUUUGAUUAUCAGAAAUAAUUAAGCAUUAAUUUGAUAAUUGAUUAGUUGUUUAGUCAUUACACUGUUUGGGUGUGUAGUUCAAGCCCGUUUUCUCACGUUUGUUGUUCAAUUAAAUAUCAAGUCCAACUUUAUUGUCCAAUGUGCUGUAUGUUGCACAUACUGCACAGAUGAAAUUUCUUCCCUCACAACAAGAGGAGCCGCUGCGGGUGCCCGCGCAAAAUGUGCAGUUCAGUAUAACUGGAGAUACAGUAACCUUUUCUCCAAAAAGAGCACGAGGGUUUGCUAUUUUUCCGUUCAGCUGAGCAGAGUAAUUGGUUCACCAUUGUUCAGUUGUGUCGCUCGGUGUACGACAGGCAGCCCUUCGCGGGCAAGUGUAAAAACCGGCUCAAAAGUUUUUCAGUGAAUCAGUAAAUGGCUUACAUUAAAAAAAGAAACCCCUGCUAGAUAACUUUGUGACGGUUGACCCACGAUCAGCGAGGGAUUACUGUACUGUGUGUUCUGAUGAAAUUAUUGGCAUAAUUAUUUUUAAUUGGGCAAAUGAUUUAGUCCCCUUUUUUACGCCCUGAAAUUUAAAAUUUUUUGACCCCAUAUGUAUAUAACAAAAAGUGUCCUCAUGUUACCGGGGUGACGGUUUUCUGCACUUGGGAUAUAGCUGGCUGGUGUACACAAUAAACGCACCACAAAGUCAAGUGUCAUUCAUUUGUAGAAAGUAAAAAAAAAAAAAAAUCCAUCCUCGUCCCUCUCAACUUUUCACAGUUUUCCUUGUUUCUUCACACUCAUUGGUUCUGUAUUGCAUUUCCCCACCGCCCAACACCUUUCAGCAGCAGGAAUCUUCAGACAGUCAUGUCCGCCUUUUUACACGCUCAUAAGUUAUCAACUGGAAAUAAAUGUUUUCAAUCUUUAGACCUUA